AUGAAAGAGGAAGUCGAUCGAGAUCUUGCAGUCAGGGAAGACAACAUCAAAGAAUUGCAGGCUCAGCUCGAUCGCGUGAAGCAUGACUAUGGCAAUCGCAGCCCGGCCGCUUGGGCAGAAGACAUGCAGCAAAAGGAAACAGAGAUCGAGCGUCUAACCGAUCAAAGCCUUGAAGCGAGUCGUCUGCUUGAGCAACUGCAGCAAGACCUUGACCAAUCACGUCAGUCAGCCGAAACCUCCUUAGAGGAAGGAGCACAAGAGUUGCAACAGAGAGACGCUCAAAUACAAACUCUCAACGAAAAGAGCACUGCUGCGCACGAUAAUAUCAAGGCCUUGGAGCAAGAACUUGCAGAAGUAAAGCGUUCUGGAGAGGCGACUGUCAAGACCGUCCAGGAAGAUGCAUCUCGCAAGUCUCAAGAUGCCCAGGACCGAUUGAAAGCCAUGGAGGUCCGCCUGAGAGAAGUCAACUCUGCCAAGCUUGCCGUCGAGACCAGAUUUCGCGAUCUUGAAAAGCGUUCCCAGGAUGAAGCCGAACAGCGACAGAAAGAGAUCUCUGGCCUACGACAACAAUCAGAGAAUGCCGACCAUCGCCUCAAGGAAAUGGACGAACGUCAUACCCAACACCAAGAGGUCGCUCGCCAGAAGCACUCUGAUACUGAGCAGCUGAAGCAAGAAAACGAGAAACUGAAGCAAGACAUCGAGAACCUGAAGCAGGAUCAUGCCAAAGCUAUCGCAGCUGCUGUUCAGAUUCCCAAUUCUCAGCCACAAAAAGACGUUCAAGACCAGACGUCUGCACCAUCGACGAAGACAGGCAGAAAGGUCGUGAACAGAAGCGGUCGUUCGGUCUCGAAGCCUACCAGCUCAACUGCGUCUUCAAGUGAAACUCAGCCGACGAACAACGUUCUCGAAAGUACACAGCCAAGAAGCACAGGUCCCUCUAUCUUCGGACCUUUCCGCGACUCAAGGAGCAACAGCUACGACACUCGCCGACACAGCUCUCCACAGGAAGACGACGAGAUGCUAGACAUGAACAACUCACAGCUGUCAUUCCCGAAGCCAACUUCGAGACCCAACAGCUCACAAUCAGAGGCUCAAAGAGCCUUCAGCCUCGGUUCACAGGAAGUCUUGACUGCCGAGGGAGUCACGUUCAGGAGCCAGAACAACCAAAGACAGGCAGAGACACAAGUCCGACCUUCUGAGCAUGGCUCAUCUUCCUCGUCUCUGAGUGAAGUUCGUAACCUUGGUGAGAGUUACAGAAGCGCAGCUUAUCUUGGAUGGGAACAGUCACAGAGUCAAGAACGUGCGCAGGAGUCUCAGCAGCAAUCUCAGGAUGUUGAGCCGCAGUCUCAGCAGCAGUCAAUAGGUCUGGGCAUCUUCAGUGAUCUGGCUGUAGGCUCACAUGCAUUCGAGACACCUAUGAAGCCGGGUGGCAAGAACCUACAAGGUACGGGUAGGAAGCUCACACCCAGACCUGAAAGUCAGCCGAGACAGAGCAAACCGGAAGCUCUGCAGCCCAUCAAAAUGCCUGAACUUCCAAAAGGACCAGCAGCUACUCCACGAGUGCAGAAAAAGGUGUCAGCACUGAGCAGCGGACCUCGCAACUUCAAGCUUGGAGGUAGCAGCAAAGGCAAAAGCAUUAGCUUUGAUGUUCCGGAUGCAGAAGAAGAAGGCGAUGACGAGGAUGAUCACUCGGCUCCCAGCAGCUCGGUCCGUGGCAGUAGCAGCGGCAGUCGCAGCCCUCAGAAGCGAUCAGCUCCUCAAGGUCCAAAGACCAACAAAAGACAACGCACAGAGAGUGCAGCUUCUGUUACAGCUCCUGCUGGCCAACGCAACGCUGCCGCGACACCUCGCCGCUCUCAGACGUCAUCUGCAAUACCAGGGUCUCAGAGACGCCGUUCCAGUAGAACCAGUAAGAGAUAA